ACAUCACACUACUCUUCGAACAAACAAAAGCUCUUUUCUUCCAAAAUUUCUAAAAUAAACCCAUAAACUUUCCCUUCCAUAAUCUAUUCCCCCAAAUGGGUCAGUUCCUGAACCUCACCGUGUUGGUGACCAUUCUGGUUCUGACAAUGGUCGGAACUGCUUACUCCGGUAACUUCAACGAAGAGUUCGACUUGACAUGGGGUGACCACAGAGGCAAAAUCUUCAGUGGAGGCAAAAUGCUCUCACUGUCACUAGACCGGGUUUCCGGGUCGGGUUUUAAAUCCAAGAAAGAAUACUUAUUCGGAAGAAUCGACAUGCAGCUCAAGCUCGUCGCCGGGAACUCCGCCGGAACCGUCACUGCUUACUACUUAUCUUCGGAAGGACCAACACACGACGAGAUAGAUUUCGAGUUUCUUGGUAACGAGACAGGGAAGCCUUAUGUUCUUCACACUAAUGUCUUCGCACAAGGCAAAGGAAACAGAGAACAACAGUUUUACCUCUGGUUCGACCCAACCAAGAACUUCCACACUUACUCUCUUGUCUGGAGACCUCAACACAUCAUAUUUAUGGUGGAUAAUGUUCCAAUCAGAGUAUUCAACAACGCAGAGCAACUUGGUGUUCCGUUUCCCAAGAAGCAACCAAUGAGGAUUUACUCGAGCCUAUGGAACGCUGAUGACUGGGCCACGAGAGGUGGUUUGGUUAAGACUGAUUGGUCCAAGGCUCCUUUCACAGCUUACUACAGAGGCUUCAACGCUGCCGCUUGUACCGUCUCUUCAGGGUCGUCGUUCUGUGAUCCUAAGUUCAAGAGCACGUUCAGUAAUGGUGAAUCUCAAGUGGCUAAUGAGCUUAAUGCUUAUGGGAGAAGAAGGUUGAGAUGGGUUCAAAAGUAUUUCAUGAUUUAUGAUUAUUGUUCCGAUCUUAAAAGGUUUCCUCAAGGGUUCCCACCGGAGUGUAGGAGGUCUAGAGUCUAAGAAACAAUGAUUCUAUGUCUUGUUGUUUAGUGCAAAUUCUCUUUGUUGUUGCUCUAUUAUUAAUAAAUUGAUUUUCUUCAUUGGAUUUGGUUAUUGUUUCAAUGCGCAUAUUCAUUCUUACGAGUCAAUAAAUGUGUCA